AUGGCCAUCUAUGUUUUUUGGUUAUGUGCAUUGCUCUCCGACCCAUUCGACUUCAAUCGCGUGUUCGCGUACUACAUACACAGACUUCCAACAUGGUAUUCGGUGAAUGUGUGCGGUGAAAGAGUGUGUUUCAGUUCUCAGUCUGACGUCACAACAAAAAGUUCCUUGAUGUGCGAGCCCGCGAAAAAAACACAAACGGUCGCGACGACGACGAUCAUGCCACAUAUAGCCAUACAACAUCAAACAAAACCACUGUACGGCAACUUAGCCGGCCGUACAACCGUCCAGCUGACGGUAAAUCGGCAUACUGUGUGUAUCGCGAUUCGCAAUUCCAGUGUGCGCGCGCACGCACCGUUGAAGGAUUCUCUGCGUAUCUUGUUUUUUGCUCGCUCGUCCACGUUCUAG